UUUCUUGUUUUCUUCUGUUUUCGAAUUUUUUAUUCGUUAGCAGGGGCCUUGACAGUGAAACAAGUCUGCUUUUUGUCUGCUUCUCCCUGCGCUGUUUUUCUCCCCCUCAUUCUCCAAAUUUGCCUUCUGUUUUCACGCGCCUCUCCUUGCUCUUCCCUGAAUUUAUACUCCUGGGUCUCUCCGGCAAUGCAUCUAUUACGCACAUCUCUUUUUAAUCAGAUCAUCGUUCUAAGCAUAUAGCGAGCCCUGUCUGAUGCGUCGUACUCUUUCUCUGAUCAAUUAAGGCACACCAUCUGUUUGACAAAAAGCCCAAACGAAAGCUUGGAAGGCAAAUUGAACUUCGUCUUUCGAAAAUGAGGGAUUUCCCUUCUUGUUUUGGUGAAAACGGAGUCCAGAUUGCCGAUUCUUCGUCGUCCAACACCGGCAAAACUGCCCAGAAUCUGGUUACUUGUGUUUAUCAAUGCCGAAUACGGGGCCGGUCUUGCCUGAUUACUGUCACGUGGAGCAAGAACUUGAUGGGGCAGGGCCUCAGCGUUGGGAUCGAUGAUUCUUCAAAUCAAUGCCUUUGUAAGGUCGAUAUCAAACCAUGGCUAUUCUCGAAGAGAAGAGGCUGCAAGAGUCUAGAAGCUUAUUCCUGCAAAAUUGACGUAUACUGGGACCUCUCGUCGGCUAAAUUUGCGGCGGGUCCUGAACCAUUGGAGAAAUUUUAUGUAGGAGUAGUUGUAGAUCGACAAAUGGUUCUCCUUCUCGGUGAUUUGACGAAAGAAGCUUUCAAGAAGACCAAUGCUAUACCGUUGCCCUCAAAUGCAGUUUGUGUAGCCAAGAGAGAACACAUUUUUGGCAAGAAAGUGUUUGGUACCAAGGCGAUAUUCUCUGACAAUGGUCAAGUUCAUGAUCUGGUGAUCGAAUGUGACACUAUCAGUGUGAGUGAUCCGCGUCUUAUAAUUCGUAUAGACGGCAAAACUGUGUUGCAGGUGAAGCGACUGAGGUGGAAAUUUCGUGGAAACCAUACUAUUUUAGUAGAUGGUGUUGCGGUAGAAGUUUUGUGGGAUGUCCACAAUUGGCUAUUUGGUUCAUCUCUUGGGAACGCUGUGUUUAUGUUCAGAACAUGCCUUGCUGCUGAUAAAUUGUGGAAUAGCCAACCCGUUUCUGAUGCAAACCUGUUGCAGUGGUCUUUCUCUCAAAGAUUUUCAGAGAGCAAAUUGCAGAGUCUAGAUUUCUCCCUCGUUUUGUAUGCCUGGAAGAACGACUAGAGAUGCGGGAUUUCACAAUCCAUUCAUUACUAACAAAACAUCCAGUGAGUUGCGAUUUAUUAGUGAUUUGUUUGGGUUACACCUUGCUUAAACCAAAUCAGUUAUCUGAGCUUAGUUGAACAGAUCAGAAACAUUUUUUCUCCAAUCGGCUGUAUAUUCUUCAAGUGUUAAUUUAAUGAUCAUUAUCAGACCAGUUAUAUGUUGCGGAGUCCUCUUAUUUAUGUUUAACAUGUUCUCGUUCUUUCUUAA